CUAGACAUGAACGCACCAGGAAGCAGUGGCCGUUCGGUAGCAGUCCCGCUAACUUUACCGUUAGCUAUGCCUGGAAAAUGUAAAUUUCAGGACUCCUGGCUCUCCAAGGAAAUUUAUAAAGACUGGCUGGUCAAAGAAGUCCAAGACAUUCACUUCGCCCGGUGUAGGGCCUGUUGUAAAUCAAUCAAGCUUCAGACCAUGGGCGAGGCUGCUCUCACCAGCCACGCAGGGGGAGCUGGCCACAAAGCAGCGGUCCGCAAGAUAGUGGAAGCAGGCAACGUGAUGCUGAUCAAUGCCGCUGGGCAGAUAAAUGGCAGCGUGAAUCAGACUGAGGACAGCAAGGAGCAAGUGGCCAUCUGCCUCCAGCAUGACGCCUUGGACAGAAUAACAGGUAGCGGCUGGUCGGAUCUACGCCACAGCCCCACUACAAACUCCACCUCCCACAGUGCAGAGCUGCAGGAUGCCACAUUUCCUGCUGCUUAUUUCACAGCACCAGUUAAAUACAUUUAUAGAUCUUGGACCUCUGACCUCGCAGGCACCUCCCGAAUCAUCAGCCAGCGUCUCCACCCGACAGGCAGCGAGGCGGAGGAAGCGACCCGCCGCUCAACUCAGCACGACUCUGCAGACAUGUCGAGACAGGAGCACCAGCAGAGAGCAGAAGCUCUGGAGCAGCAGCAGCAGAUGAAGAUCCUGGAGUGGGAGAACAGGAUGAAGGUGCUGGCGUGGGAGCAGGAGCUGGUGAGGGAGAAGAGGAGAGCAGCGCGGCAGAAGGAGAAGGCCUUCAGGAUGAAGAAGGCUUACUACAAAGCCAAGCUAAAGAAGAUGGGCGAGGAAGUGCCGCCAUCCUCCUCCAGCAGCAGCGAUGAAGAGGAGAAAACGUCUGAUCCGUCAGGAUGAACUGUUUUGAAUUGUUGUAUUUUUUAUUAGUUUCUUGUAUUCUUUUGUCUAUAUGCCAUGAAACUGUUGCUAUUUUUAUACAUUGUUUUGUAUUUUAAUGAGGAUUCUCGGUUGCUUUAAAUCAGCUGUUCUUUUUCUGUAAUUGUAAUUCAGUUGUUCUCUGUUGUUGAGACUUCUUUGGUUUUUGAGGCAGACUGUAGUUUUGAAAAGCAUAUGACAACGUCCUACUCGAGUAGGAGUACUGUUACUUAAAAGCACAUGUGAGAUUACUUGAGUUGCAGACUACUCAACAGUACAACGGUAGCUCUUUUGAAGAUUAGUACCAGUUACAUUAUUCCAUAUGGCCAAUAUGACGACCACCUCUUCUGUCUCGGUAAGAUUUCUAUAUUCAAAAUAAACUGAACUAGUUGAGAGUGUAAGGUGUGCUGCUAAUAGAUCUAUAGAAGUACAUGGACAUGCUAUGAAACAUUAAUACUUUGCACAUCCUGUAGACAAACCUCUGAAUUGUGUAAAAGGGUUAAAAAUCGAAAUGAUCCUGUUUUGUUUUAUUAUAAUUCAUCACAAUGUGUCUUCACUAUUUAAAUGUAUGAGACGUUCAUUGAUGUUUAAGGUUGAUGUGUCUGUAAAGGUCAUAGCCUAUUCUAGUGGGAACGUCGCUUUAAAGAAUGUAUUGAGAUUACAUCUAAUCACUGCAGAUGUAGAAAUAAAAUGACAUUUCUAAAUGAAAAA